UGAUACAGCACUUGUCGUUCAUUAUUCUGGAAAUUUGUAUGUGUCCGGAAGCCCCGUCUGUUCGCGAUGGUACUUUAAGUUUAAUGGAGCAGAAUGCCAAAACCCAGGCACUGUCGAUAUGGCCUUCUACGUGCAAGGAGAUAACAUGUUUCACAGGGGAUAUGCAUUACACGGAUUAUGUAAAGGACUUGCGGCAGGAUUGGUAACGGUUUCCCUUCACGUUGGUACAUGUUACGAUAGCUAUAGUGAAGGCAAUCCCUACACUGGUUGGAACCAAGAGAACAUACUGAUCAUGGAAGAGUCGCGUCUUGGCAAUGAUAUAACUGCUGUUCUCACCCCAAGUGGUCACGCAUAUCGUCUCCCAGUGGUGAACAGACAGCACGGGUGGUGGCUCAGCCUUAAUCUUGAGAUCACAAAUGCACUCAUCAAGGCUUUCGUGUACAACAAAAUAUAUUCGGACAGUGGUAUUAAUGUUAUCUGGAGUUUCAACUGUCGUAUCCUUGGAAACCCAGAUUGUGGACGCUGGUAUGUGACGUUUAAUGGAACCACGUGUAAUAACCCGGGCAGUAUUGAGCGGGUGCUAUACGAGUCUGGACCUUCGGUGGCCAACUGGCAUCAACCUUGUGUAGUGGAUGGCAUCUGCCACGACAUUCCCAGCGGUCCAACGAGUGUGGAGCUGAGAACAAUUCCUUGCUCUGGUUAUCCAGGCUCUAAUAUGUACACGGGUUGGCAAUCCAGCACCAACGUAAUUGUCGAAGAAGUGUUUGUAGGCGUUUAAAUACCAUUUCGGAUAAUUAUCAAAUUCAGAAUUUAGAAUUCUGAAAAAAGAUAACGUAUGCCCAGCAAACACAGAAAGCUAUUAUAACGUUAACUUAACCAAACAACGUUAUGGUAAUUAUGCAUAUAAUCAAAUAACUUUCUAGUAACUAUGUAUUUAACCAAACAACGUUAUGGUAACGCUAUUAAACGUUAUGUGUCUGCUGGCUGUAUUCAUUCUUAAUUUUUGCCUUGCGGAUGAACAAUAAGGCAAUGUAGUCUAAAGGAGUGUUUAUACUGUAGGUCUUCAUGUAAAGCGGGUAUUAAGAACUUUUAUACAAAAUACGUUUGAAUCCUAGCACGAAUAUAUUUUAUCAAACCAGCUUUGAACCUGACAGUGAACCUCAGAAGUAUAGCCGUUAAAGAACUUUUCUCCCUACUUUGCUUUACUCCACGUGCUCAUAAGUGCACAUAACAGUGAAAAUAUGUUAUGUACUGGCGAGAAUUAUUCUUGUGACAGUGAGGUUAUGGAAGUUGCACAUCAAAUGAGAGUUUUUUUAUCUAUCUCAGCAGUGGAAGUCACUCUCCUCCAAAUCCCGCAAAAGAUCGCUGAAUUCUACGCUAAGUCUGGAAACAGAUAUUUUGGAAGCAAUCUGCGAUGAUUCCUAUUUGGUUCACACAUUUCAUGAUAGUGUCUGUACAAAUCAUUUAAUGUAAUUGUAAUUUUUAGGUGUUUUGACACAGUUUACGCGUUGAGAUUCUACCCAUUUAUUGUUUGUUGUGCAAGUAAAAUUUCCAUGCGUCUUCGAACAGUGGAUGCCAUUAUUAUUUCAAUAAGUCUCUUAGCAAUCAUAACCCCAUUGGAAAUGUAAGGGCUAAACUUAAGCACCACCACCGUAUGCCCUCUAAGUCAUUUUAGUGUCGAUAGCAAUCUCCGUAAAUAAGCGAUUAAGGAAAACUAGCAUAAUGAUUAAGAUGGGACAAUGUGUGUCCUUUGGACCGACUCAUAUGUGCGUCAGGGAAGGAUUUUUUGAAGAGUUUUUUGCAAAGCCUGGAAACAGAAGUCUUUUGAAGCAAUCUGGGGUGAUUCCUUUAAGGCCCAAGCAUUUAAGUGAUUGAGUUCGUAUAUUGUUAUUUUAUGGUAUAUAUUUUGAUGCAAUUUACAUGUUGAAAUUUAAGCAAGUAAUUAUGUGUUGUGCAUGUAUAUUCGUCGUCUGCCUUGAUGUCAAUUCUGUUCCUUCGGUUCUUCGGUUAAUGUUCAACGUACCCGAUGUUGCAUGCAAUUAUGUAAACGAUGUCCAUCAUGGUUGGUAACGGUGAUGAGUUUCACUUUUGUAACAAAACCCUCACAAAAUGAAACGCCGUCGGUUUGUUGAGAACCGACCAUGGUAAGAUUAGAAGAAGGAAUAUAGAGAGCACCCAUUGUCGACAGUUUUGUUACGUCGAGUGGGGCCCUGUAGAUAGGCCCUAGUGCCAUUGUUUAGUGUCGUAAUUUUACUCAUAAUAUCAAUGUUAUUUUUAUUUAUUGAUUGUACAAUGAAACCAAAGACAAAACGGUUUGAUUGUACAGUGAAAUUAGAGACAAAACAGUUAGAUUGCACUAUGAAAUAAAAUCCAAAACGGUUGGAUUGCACAAUGAAAGAUGAUGUAAAAGUCCAAAGUGUAUGCUGUGCUGCUUGGUGUCCAGUGAUUCUAUCAACUACUCUCAAACAACGUACCCCUGUAGAC